UACCUAAUCUUUUUUUUCUUUUUUUCUUUGAUUUGUUCAGGAGUUCCAAACUACAAAGUUAAGAAAAUCUCGGAUCAUGAAAUUAAAAAUGAAUUAGGGUUGAAAUUAGAUACAGAAAUAUUUAUUUUCGAAUUCACAGAGUUCAAUCUGAAUAAAAUUAAAGAAAUCAUUCACGAUAUCCACAAAAAAUUUUUUCCUCUUACUUUAUGUACAGAACAAUUUUCAAUUUUUAUUCGAAACAUGUUUAACAUGUCAUGGUAUCACUCUGGCAAUCGUCUUAGGUUCAUACCAGGUGAUGACUUCAACGCUGAGUAUCUAUGGUGCAGAUUUGAAACAUUACAUAAAUUGUACUACUAUGAUGAGCCUGAUUUGCCUGCCUUCAUGUGUCCACCUUUCUCGAUUUUAAUUAUAAAAGUCAAUGUACCAGAUGAAAGUGACAUUAUGUUCACAGAUAAUUUGAAUUUACUAGAUUUGGUUGUUAAAUUUAGCAGCCAUAAAGUUUGAUUUAUUUUAAAGUAAGGGGGGGGGGUUAGUGGUAUGUAUUGUAAUUUUAUUUAGUAAUUCCAAAUUGAAAAAAAAUAUAUUUUUAAAAAAAAUUAAAAAAAAAGAGGAGCAAUAAAGAACAGGGAUAGCUUACAAAAAAAAUGAUUAAAAAAAAUUUUUAAUUUACUUUUUUUUUGUUUUUCUUUCUCUGUUCAAAUAGGAUCUUCUACAUCUGCUGAAAAUUUAUUUGACAUACUCGGAUCAUAUCAACGUCAAAUGAAUAAAUUUAAUGCGACAGCUACAACUACAACAAUAAAAUUAAAAGAUAGGGUUGGGUACAGUCCCCAACAAUUUAUUAAAAUGGCUAUGGAUUCUAUUCUUGAUAUUUUGGUUAAAAAAGACAGCAAACAUUCAGAUAAAAUAGGAAUCACAAUAACUAAUCAAAAUGGUGAUAGGCCAGUUUAUAUUUCAUUCAGACCUUCUGAUCAAAUUUCAACAGAAGUAGUUCUAAACCAGUUUGAAAAAGUUCUUCAAAGCAACUCUACCUUUAUGACAGAUGAACCACUGAAAAUCAACGUCACAAAAAUUGAAAUGCCUAUUGGUAGAGGAAAAGGGGGUAAAUAUUUACUACUACCGUUUGACGAAUUUUGCGAGAAGAAGAAUAGAAGCAUACUCACAAUUGUGAACCCAAAUGAUUCACUCUGCCUGCCUCGAGCUAUAGCCUUGAGCAUAGCACACCUUCAUCGAAGUACAAAUAAGAAGUAUUAUGUUUCACUGAGAAGAAAAGAUCGCGACUACUUAAAGGCUGCUGCGGAGAAACUGUGCAGUGAAGCUGGGAUUACAAUUGAUGAGCAUGGGGCAGGCAUUGAUAUUGUUCAAAAAUUCCAAGAUCACCUGCAGGAUUAUAAGAUAACUGUAUUUGACGGAGCAGAUCGCAGGGGGCGAAUAAUAUCUUUUGAAGGGAAUCAGGGUAGUGAAAAAUAUAUUGAUUUGCUAUAUGGAAAUAAUCAUUUCAACGUGAUCACAAGGCUACCAGGAGCCUUCAACUGGAGGUUUUAUUGUCGCGUAUGCAAAAGGGGAUUUGACCAUAUAGAUCGGCAUCCCUGCAAAAACAUUGAAAAAUGCAAAAAAUGCUUAACACACCCACCUUAUGACAAAUCAGUCGAGGAAAUUUUGUGUGGGAGAUGUGGGCGAUCUUUUUAUGGCAACGAAUGUUAUGGAAAUCAUGAAGUACCUCAUCCUUUUUUUGAAAAAUCUAAAAGUGUUUGCGAUGAAAUGAAAUUUUGUGAAAUUUGUGAUAAAGAAUACUGUACAACAUCAAUAAACAACAGAAAGCAUAAAUGUUAUCAUUAUAUCUGCAACAACUGUAAUCAAUAUGUGCCUUAUGGUCAUAUGUGCUACAUUCAACGAUUGAAGAAGUAGAAAGGAAACUCUAAAAAUAAAGAAAACAUCAUUUUUGUAUUUUUCGAUUUUGAAUGUAGGGUGGAAGAUACACCUAUUAUUGAUGGAAAAAGUUACCAACAUGUACCAAAUUAUUGCAUUAUUCAAAUGCAGUGUCUGAAAUGCAUCGAUAAAUACAAUAUAGAAGAAAACUGUACAAAAUGUGGAAAAAGAGAAGUCAUUAUCAAAAAUUUGGAAGGCGAUGAUCUUCUGCAGAAAAUGUUCUCCAUACUAGGUCAUAUAGCAGAAAAAUUUAAUCAAGUUUACGUGUUUGCCCACAAUGGGGGAGGGUACGAUUUUCAGUUUGUUGCCGACUACAUGAUCCGAGUGGAAGGUUGGAUCCCAAAUAUCAUACUCAAUGGCAGCAAAAUUAUUCAAAUGUCCAAGGACCGAGUAACAUUCAAAGAUACACUAAAUUUUUUUCAUAAAAAGCUGGCGGCACUGCCCAAGAUGUUUGGUAUACAAAACAAAACAAAAGGGUAUUUCCCACAUAUGUUCAAUAAAUCUGAAAAUCAAGGAUAUGAAGGUCCUCUGCCAGAUUCCAAAUACUAUGAUCCAGACAGUAUGUCAGACACAGAUAGAAAAGAAUUUUUCAAGUGGUAUAACAAGGAGCUCGAAAAGAAUGAAAACUUCAACUUUCAAAGGGAAAUGCUGAAAUACUGCCGUUCAGAUGUAGAAAUUUUGCGAAUUGCGUCUUUGACCUUCCGGAAAUUAUUUCUUAGUCAACUAGGUGUAGACCCCCUAACAUCAUCUGCCACCAUUGCAGCAGCCUGCAUGAAUGGAUACCGUACCAAGUACUUGCCAGAAAAUACAAUUCCUUUAAUGACGUUCAAAACAUACCGGAUGCGAGACAACCAGUCAGAUUUAGCUAUAAGGUACCUAAAGUAUUUUGAAGACAAGUACAAUGUCAAGUUGCAGUCCGCCUAUAGAGGAGUUGAAAAAAGAAUAGGACGGUAUAGCGUGGAUGGGUACUGUCCAAAAUUCCCAGUUGAUAAACUCGGUAUAGAUGAUCCACCCGAAGUACGACCUUUAAUUUUAGAAAUACAAGGCUGUUUCUUCCACGGUUGCCCCACAUGUUUCACUAAUCGGACCACACCUAUAUAUGCAGGAUCUAAAAAAUCUGAUGGUGCAAUUACUAUGGAGUCAAGAUAUCAGAACACACUGGCCAAAAUGGAAUACUUGAAAAACUUAGAAAGUCAUCCCAUUAUAAUUGAAAAAUGGGAAUGUCAAAUCAUUCAAGAGGGUACUGAAGAUGAUCUACUACGAAGACAUCUGACAGAUCCAAAUCUCAUCACACCAAUAUUAACAAACAGGGAGGCAUUCUAUGGUGGACGGACAGAAAGUUUUUGCAGGCAUCACAAAGUUGAUGAAUCCAAAGGGGAGAAGAUACGAUAUAUUGACAUUAAUUCACUGUACCCAUAUGUCAAUAAGUAUGGUACCUACCCUAUUGGUCAUCCUGAAAUUCUAAUUGGCGAUACCAUACCCCAAAGUUUAAACUCAAUUACUGGAGUUGCCAAGGUCUGUGUAGAGGCGCCCAAAGAUUUGUUCCUUCCUGUGCUGCCAAUUCGAACAAAUAAUAAACUGGUGUUUGCACUAUGCCGAGCGUGUGCGGAAAGACAAACUCAGGAUACGUGUCAUCAUACUGGAGAGCAGCGACAAUUCAUUGGUACAUAUACAUGCCUUGAACUCCGUAAGGCUGUUCAAAAAGGAUACCAAUUGAAGCAAAUCUAUGAAGUGUGGUCAUACAAGAGUACACAGUAUGAUAAAAACACCAAAAAAGGUGGAUUAUUUUCUGAAUACAUAGAUUUAUUCUCUACCAUAAAGCAGAAAUCGUCGGGAUACCCGCCCAAUGUAAGAACAGACGAGGAUAAGAAGAAGUUUGUAAAGGAAUUAUAUGACAGGGAGGGUAUAACUCUUAAAGUGGAUGAAAUCCAGUCUAACCCGGGACUGCGAUCACUAAGUAAACUGUGCCUGAAUAGUUUAUGGGGAAAGUUUGGCCAGCGUAAUAAUGUGGGCUCAACAACAAUUAUAGACUCCCAAGCCACCUUGUUUCAAUACUUGGAGGACCCAUCUAAAGAGAUUUCAAGCAUCAUGUUUAUGCCAGGUAGAGAUGGAAACGAUAUUGCCUACGUAAAUUGGAAAGUGAUUGAAGAAUGCGCGGAAGAUUCCAACUUCAUAAAUCCUAUAAUAUGUGCACAUGUAACUGCUGAGGCACGUCUGGUGUUAUAUGAGUACCUGGAAAAGUUGGGUAAUUGCGUGUUAUACUGUGACACUGACUCCAUAAUUUACACCGAGUUACCACAUGACCUUAAAAUUGAAACUGGACCAUUCCUUGGUCAAAUGGGAGAUGAGCUGGCUACAGAAUAUGGCGAGGGGGCCUAUAUAACUGAGUUUAUAUGUGGUGGACCAAAGAAUUAUGGAUAUUGCGUCAAAACAGCGAAAAAUGAAUAUAAAUAUGUUGUUAAGAUUCGAGGGAUCACAUUAAAUCAUCAAGUCUCCAAAUCAUUAAAUUUUGAAAAUAUGAAAGAAUUUAUCCUGAACCCUCCUCCAAAUCCUGUACAGGUAAAAUAUGAAAAUAAAAUUCAACGAAAAAGGCCGUUCAUGGUAAUAAACCACGAAGCAACUAAAAAAUAUGGAGAAGUUUCAUCCAAGAGACGAAAAGUGGGACUACGUACUCUACCUUACGGAUACAUUGACCCAGAUAUUGAUAUGGAUGAUCAAGAUUAAAAGUUAUGUCAAUAUAUUUUUUUUUUUCAAUACACUACUGCUCCUCUUUUUUUUUUUUAAUACUCUGUAUUUUUGUAAUUAGGUAUAGUUAGGUACUAUUACUUGGUUCAUAUAAGUACUCUUACCUUAUACAUACGUUUUUUUUUCUUCUUUGCAUUAAUCUGUACAU